AUGGCAUCGACUGACUGGUGUGAACUACCAACUGAGCUUCUGAAUCUGAUAUCACAACGAAUUGACGAUGAACUUGAUCUCAUUCAUUUUCGAUCGGUUUGUUCAAAGUGGCGGCGCUCUUCCAUUUCAAAUCACAAUCCCAAUUCUACCCUCAAGGUUCCACAACUCUCAUAUAAUCUCUCUGAUACCUCUUCUCCGUUUUGCUGCCUCUUCAAACGCACUCUCUUUUUCAUCAAACCGCUUCAACACCAUAAGCCACUUCGUCCUUGGUUGAUCAGAGUUACCCAAAACUCACAUGGCAAAAAACUCUUCCACCUACUCCUCAAUUCACUCUACUUUAAUCAUCGUUUUCCUCGUGUUCUUGACUUCAACAAACACUCCGUCCUCAAUUUAGGAACAGAUUUCAUCAUGGACUACGGAGACAUUAAUCGUCGUAACUAUUUCUUCUACAACAAGAACCGUGAAAAGUUCCUUGCAAUCACGUGCAAUGGAGAAAACCCUAUGGUUCUCGGCAUUUCGGAAUAUUUCCCCCAUCCUAUGCUGUUCUCCUUGGAUAUGUGUGUUACUAAAGGGAAUUGUGUUGUCUUUAUUGAUGAUGAUGCCUCCAAGUUACAUGAGAACUAUGUUUAUCUCUUGGAUCGAAGUCAGCUAUCGUCUGUGUCUGAUUAUCGCAAAUGUUUUAACUAUGUGUCUGAUGGUUUGGAAUAUCUCAGCUUGUUCUCGGCACCUGAAUGGAUAGUCAAAAGUUAA